AUGUUCAAAGCAAAGAAGUUUUGGUGCAUCCUUUUUGAAAGCGGCCCCGGGCCCAAACAGCCAUUCUUUGUUGUAAAUGGCCUCGACGACUUGGUUUUUGAUCUCUUACGGAAUAUUAAGUCCACGGCGGCCAAUAGUGACGUUGGUAAAUAUGAUGCUCACGAAAUCGUUUUGUAUAAGUUAACCAAGUCAAUCCCCGUCAAUCCUUCAAACAAUCUGUUCCAACGCAUCGAAAAUAUGGAAGAUAUUCAGAAAUUUUCUAUUCGAGUGGACGACAUCGCUACAAGAUUAAGUGGUGUCUUCCCAGAUGGGGUCGACGAGCGGACGCUUCGAUUUCUUAUAAAGUUGCCCCAAGCACCAGAAAACUCCUGGCCGCCUUUGAAACGAGCUCGUCUUACCAGUUCAAAAGUUCCUGAUUGGCUUCAGGAGCUCCACGAGAAGCUCUGGAAUCGCAAAGACCUCUAUGAAGAACUGUUCCGCAGCGUCACGCUCACACUUGCAGACUAUGAGAAGUUACAAGAUAGCAUGGCAAAGCUUUAUCCGAAUCGCAAAGAAAAGGAUUACCGGGCUGGUACUGACGGCCUAGCUACCAAGCUUGCUGUGCUCCAAUUCAGCAACAAGCACUCGGCGACCGACCAUGGCGCUGACCACAUUACACAACCCACCCAUCAUGAUGACGAUGAAAGUGACGAUGACGUUGAUGAAGAGUUUUGCUCCCUCUUUCCAUUUUCAUUUGAGUAUCUGGACCUUUCAAGUUUACAUCUCCAGUCUCCGCCACCGCGCAUGCCCCUGCCCCUUCUCAUCCGGGAAGAGUACACAUUUCUCUCUAGAUUGCUGGAUGACCUACCAGAGGGCGGCAACGGCUCUGCAGUCAUUAGCGGUCAGCCUGGAACAGGCAAGACCGCUUACCUCUAUUAUAUAUUGAUACAAAGUAUGCUCGCGGGCACCCGAUGUCUAUUCCAAACAGUCGAAACCGAAGCGCACGACACCAUUUAUCUAAUCGACUCAUCCGUAGAAGUUGUCAACUUCUGGCCAGAUGAUGAGUAUAUCAUCGCCUUCUUUGACGCUGAUGGGCCGUCAAGUCGACCUGCGCAUUUUCUCCUCAACCAUCAUUUCGUCAAAAUUAUUGCAACAUGUUCACCAAACAAUGCUUUUCAAGAAUGGAUCGAGAAGCCAAUUUCUCCUAACUGGGUGUCGAGGCGUAUAACCACAUUGUGGUCCCCUCAGGAGCUUUUCUUGACGGGAAUGUUUCUUGCCCCGCCAGAUCUCAGCUACUCCUGGCUUCGAGAGUCGACAAGAUAUUUUGGCUUCAACCCCCGCGACUGCUUUCAUACCCCACCAAGUAUUAAUGAAGCCACGGCACGAAUCGGAAAAAAUAUCAAAGAGUGCUCAAACAAUAUGUGCUUGGAAGAGUUUUGGCGUAAGACCCGCUCAACGAAAUCCAUAUCGCAAUCCGUUUUUCAGCUCUUUCCGUCAGUUGAUGACGAUGAGCGUUUGCUAGAUGCUGCUCAAAUAUCAGCAGUUUCUCCGUGGGCGUUGACAACCUCAUUAGAGAUCUACGAACGAUCCCAAACGGGUGCUUCAUUCCAAUUCUACCGAAUCAUUAAAAACACACGUAAUGCGGGGACACUUCGUGGUCAGAUGUUUCAGGUACAGGUGUUGAAGCACCUCGGUGGUCUCAAGGGGCCGGAGCAAUUUACUAUCCGGCGUUUGACUGAUUCCGAUACCUCCCAGUGGAUGUAUCCUGGUCCUACUGCGAGUUGUUGUUGUCCUUCAGCCGCAUUCCCCCAGCUGCUGGAGGGGGCAGUCACUCAGCGAAAGUCUGUACACCUGGUCCCGCAAGAACGAAACUUUUCUGCGCUUCAUUCUAUCCUCUAUACCCCUGGGGAUGUUUUGACCGUAAUCUAUGCUACCGUCGAAACAGAGCGUCCUGUGGGGGUUGUCAGCUUCCAGAGAAUACAAUCGUGGCUCAAACGAGAUUCUAUGCUUUCCCACCUUCAACCAUCGAUCCUGGGAAACCACUGGCGGCUUAUAUUUGUGGUUCCGGAGCAAAUGGCUUCGAGUUUCCGGAUUCAGAAGUUUGAAGGCGACGCUGAUUCAGAUGGGUGGUUCGAGAAAGUCGACCAGUAUGUUCUUGGAAUCAAUGAGGAUACGCUAUGGGCAAGGACAAGUCAACUCUCAAGUCCUACCGUUUUUAGGGAGUCGGGACUUGUCGGAUUUUACUUCUAA